CCCAGCCACUGAGAGACUCGCAAUGGAAAAGCCUAUUAAAGAAGGGAUACUUCACAUACAGCAGUACAAAUUUGGGAAGAAAGUUUGGAAGAAAAGUUGGUUUAUGUUGUAUCCAGGGAGUUCACAGAGCAUUGCCAGGCUGAAACAAUCUGACAUAAAAGAAAGCGGCAUCUCCUCGGACAAAGCUAAUUCUAAAAAGGUGGAUAGGAUUAUUCGUCUGUCCAACUGUGUCAGCAUCAGUCAGAUUCAAGGGGAAAACACUCCGAAAGACAUGACUGCAUUCUGCAUUAACACCAUGGAUAAAAACUGGACAUUGGCAGCUCCAAAUCAUGAGCUGAUGGAAUGGGUCAACUCCCUCUGUGAUCUGGCAUUUGAGAAUGCCAACCUGAGGAAGGCCAAUGAAGAUCUUGCCGCAGCUGGUUCCACAUUAUCCAAUGAUACAUUUUCAAUGAAAGAAAAUGAGCUUUACUCAACGAUAGCACAAGCUACGCCUGAUAACCAAUUCACCGUGACCGUGAAGAAGACUGUUGCUUCCACCAGAUGCAAUCUUCAAGGAAAGUACAUGUUCUUCGUUGAGCAGGACAGCCUGAUCUUGAAAGAUCCUGUGACUAAGAAAGUUAUUUAUAAGUGGCCUUACCAACUUCUGCGGAGAUAUGGAACAGAUGAGGAUUCAUUCAUGUUCGAGGCAGGCAGAAGAUGUGAUUCAGGAGAAGGGGUUUUUUUAUUCAACUCAAAAGAAGUUGGAAAAAUUUACAACAAAGUUGACGCAGUUGUUAAAGCAAUAGAAUCAAACAAAGAACAUCAGUCAAUGAAAUCCAACUCUGAGACUUCCACAGAAUCCGUCAGAAAACAAUCAAACAUAGCAAGCUUCUCUCAAGACUUGUUCAUCCAAACAUCUCAAGGUGGAAGUGGGCAUGCAUUGAAGAUUGAUCAAGACACUGAGAAAGUUUUGAAUACAUCCAAGAGUAAAUCAAAUCAAGAAUGGAAAGGCAGUAGCUCAGCCUGUGGUGUUGAAUUAAAUGUGGAGUUGGGUGGGAAAAACAAAGGUAUUUCUGCAGAAGAAAGAGAACAAGUAGUUUAUGCCACUGUUAAUCACUCUAAAGGUAGAUCAAAGAAAGAGAAUACGGAAAACAUAACACAUGAUCCUAUGGAAUACAAAGAAAUUGGGAAAGAUCAUGAUUCUGAAACAAGUCCAAUCUAUGAGAAUAUUUCUGAUAGAAAAUUCUCAUUUUCCUUCAAUAUGGAGUCAUCUUUCCCCAAAGACAUAGAAAAGCCAAUUUGCCAAAGUUCAGGGAAGAAUAUUGAAGAUCAGAAUGAAGAUCCUGACUCAAGUUAUGAAAACAUUGCACCUGAAUGGAGUCAGCAAGUUAUGGAAGAUGACCAGAAAAAUAGUCUAGCCAAUCAGAAAAUUGAUGUGUAUGCAACAGUUGAUCAAAAAAAGACUAAGGAAAGAGGGGCUUCCCCAAACAAUGAAAUCUCAAAGCUCACAAAAGAAAAGUUUCCUCCUGGCUUCCAUGAGAUGCUUUCUGACCUAUAUGCUGUAGAAUUGAGUAAAACACGAGAAGGCAAGGUAGAGAGUGGUGGAAAAUUCGACAGCAACAGGGGAAGAAAAGGACAAAAGAUUGUGAGGUGA